AAAAAUUAAAGGAGAAAAACCACCAAACAAGAGGCGGCGGUAGCCAAUGCAAGCGUCGAGAAAUCUGAGGCGGUUUCCUCCUGACCUCCUCCACACAUCCCGAUUCCCAUAUCUCCUCUCCCUGCCCGGCCUCCCGCCGCCGCACCUCCACACGUACACCACAGCCUAGCUAGCUAGUCCUCUGUCCUCUCCAUGGCGGCGUCCGAGGUCAGCUGGCUAUCUCCGGCGUCCCGCCUCCCGUCCGUCGCCAACGCACCACCUCGCUUUCGCGCCAGGCCGCCUAAGCCAGCAGCCGCCUCCCUGCUCUCUCCCUCAUCCCGCCCAGGCCCAGCUGCAGCGGCCCUGCCCGUGCUGCACCGCAGGGGCAGGGUGACCACCGUCCGCCGCCGUCUUGGCGCCACCGAGCAGCAAGGCCAGGUUCAGGAGCAGGAGGACGAGGUGGUCGACGGCAACGUCCUCCCCUACUGCAGCAUCGACAAGAAGCAGAAGAAGACGGUGGGGGAGAUGGAGCAGGAGUUCCUACAGGCUCUCCAGUCCUUCUACUACGACCAGAAGGCCAUCAUGUCCAACGAGGAGUUCGACAACCUCAAGGAGGAGCUCAUGUGGGAAGGGAGCAGUGUCGUCAUGCUAAGCCCUGAUGAGCAAAGGCUUUUGGAGGCUUCCAUGGCCUAUGCGGCUGGCAAUCCCAUCAUGUCUGAUGCUGAAUUUGACGAGUUGAAACUGAGAUUGAAGAAAGACGGGAGUGACAUUGUGACGGAAGGUCCCAGGUGCAGUCUCAGGAGUCGUAAGGUGUACAGUGACCUGUCUGUUGACUACUUAAAGAUGUUCCUGCUAAAUGUUCCAGCCACCGUAGUUGCUCUGGGACUGUUCUUCUUCAUUGAUGAGUUGACUGGCUUUGAGAUCAACGUGUUCCAGCUGCCGGAGCCUUUUGGUUUCAUUUUCACAUGGUUUGCUGCUUUGCCACUAAUAUUGUUCUUAGCACAAUCGUUGACUAAAGCCAUAGUCCAGGACUUUCUAAUCCUGAAGGGGCCAUGUCCAAAUUGUGGCACUGAAAAUCUUUCCUUCUUCGGGACAAUACUGUCGGUCUCUAGUGGCGGUACAACAAACAACGUCAAAUGUGCAGAUUGCGGUACCGAGUUGGUAUAUGACUCAAAAUCUCGGCUCAUCACACCUGCAGAAGCGUCAAAAGCAUAAGCCUGCCAACAGUCGCUAGCUCUGUCCAUCUCUACUUUGUAGGGUCGGCAAUAAAUUACUCCUAACUAGUCUGUGUAUGUAUGUAUGUAUGUAUGUAUGUAUGUAUGUAUGUAUGUAUGUAUAGAUCCAAGAGCUUAUGAGAUGUGUGUGUGUAUUUAUAUGUAAUAUAUAUGUAUAGUACGUACAGCUGCACAUUCUGGCGUGCUUACCGCCGGCCAUCACGCAAGCAUCCAUGCAUGCAUUGAGCGAUCCGAGAGAUAAGAUAUGCAUGCAUGCAUGACAUGCAGAGAUCUUAUUAGCUAGGUAGGUACAUGCAUGCAUUUUGGAUGCAGGAUCGAGAAAUGUAUGCCCUGUUUUCUUUGUGCUACGCUAGUCAUUAGCAUAAUUGUAACCGUUAAUUAAAGGUAUUAAAUAAAAUCAGUUUAUAAAACUAA